AUGGAAGUCUGGAGUGAGGAUAGCUAUCAAGUCUUAACUGCUUCCUCAUCCUCCCUCAACGUCGUCGCCAGAUACGAUCUGCCAAUAGCUCACCGCGACGCUCCAUCUUCAACUAUCACUGCCCAAACGACGGCUUCUGAAUCUACUUUUCUAACUCUUCCCCGUGAGCUUGUGGCCGACGAGACGAGGGGACUUGCUCUGCGCACGAACAUCAUCACAUCUUCGACUGCGACUUCCGAAGAGCUACGUAUCCGUGCCCUUCACUUCCACAUCUUGGUCAAAGAUCUCGACUCAAGCCAAGAGUAUCUUUUCUAUCGGGCGGGGUAUACCAUACCAGAGAUUGUCCGUGAUAGACUGAAAUUGACCUACCCUCAAUUCGCUCCUUUGCUUGAAGAUCUGAGAAAAAAACAUGAACGGAUUGAUACCUUGAAGCGUCGUGGACCUUUCGGGCAGGCGCCGUCACAGUUCCGGAUGUUUUGCAAAGAGGCGUUGGCGGCCUCGUCAAUAGUCGACGUACCUCUCUCCGAGAUCCACUACACUUGGACAGAUGUUAAGGGAUUGAACUUCCAUGUCGACACCGAGCCACACGACGCUCUCGGGAUUGCCGAAUGCUCCGUCCAUCACUGGGUCAUCCCCUCGAAUGAAGUAUUGGACGACAUGGCAAGCUGUCUGGACGUUGACAUCAAUGAUUCAUGUCGGCUCGCUGGCGCAAUGACAACAAAGGAUCGUUCAAACUAUCGAUUUUCUGCCGCGGCAGCGGCAAUCUGUUUCCUGCCAUCGAUGCCUGAGGAGCUGCGUGGACAUCUGCGACGAAUCAUCCUCGACGAGGACCGCCAAGCAGUGGCCAAGCAACAGUGUCACGCACUCGGCCUGAUCCCCUUCUGUAAAGAGAAUCCCGGCCUCCGGAUCGAGCGCCGGGUCAACUUGUGGCUUCUUGACGGCCAGCCCCCGCCGCCCCAGUUAUGCACGGAGAUGUUCCAGAUGACGAUUCAGAGAGACGUCGCGUGGCAGGCGGCCUGGUUUGUAUCGAUGGACCAGGGCAUCAUCCCGCCGACAGAGUGGUUCCUCACCCGGUCCACCAUGUCCAACAAGCUCCGAGUCGCCCGUAGAACCGAGUACUUUUACCAGGGAUUUCCUCGCGCCAUGAGGGAUAUCAUCCAAGGGAAAUCGAUUGUGAAGUGCAACUUUGACCCGAGCGAGCUGUGGAACGUCGACCGCAUCGUGCAGGAUCACCUGGCUUGGACUCCGCAGCAGUGGCAGGAGGCGUGGGCCGACCACGAGCCAAAGACGUGA